UUAACCACGCUGCUAACCGUAUGCCUAACCAUAACCUUAAAUUAAGAACAAAAAGAUACAUUUUAGUUUUAUAAUUAUUGACGAUAUAGCCAAUUUUGACUUUGUGGCUGUGCUAUCUAGUGGAACAUGAUUAAAAAUGCUACAUUGACUACUUGUGAGCGGCAUACCAUCUGUUGACCAAAUGGUAUGCAUGGGUUAAUGUUUACUCUCAGGGCUAGCAGUGUAUGGCUGUGUGCAUACCAGAGACUGGGCAACGUACUACUGUCCAGAUAUAUAUCUAAAAUGUCUGGUGACCCCAACUGGCUGCCCCCAGCUGACAGAGAACAGCUGCUAAUGGAGCUGAAGGCUACUGGCUGGGUAGAGGUAGAGGAGCGGGAUGCCAUCUACAAAGAGCUCCACUUCAAAACCUUUAAUCAGGUCCAGAUAACACUAACUACUCAUGACUGUGGAGGAUUAUCCAAACGGGAUAUCAAGAUGGCCAAGUUUAUUGACAAAGUGACAUUGUCCAUGUAGAUGUUCCUCCUGUAUAUGUCACAUGAUUUUUGUACAACCUUUUAUUUCAAAUAAAAUGUAUUCAUUAUAA